CCACCACCACCUAACCACACCACACGAGCUCCGCCACUCCCCCAAACUAAACCCCCGCCCCGCCCCGCGCGCGGAUGAAACCCUAGCCCAGAUCCCCCCGCCCCGCCCGCCCAUGGCCGCCGCCGCGUCGACGAUGCUGGAGUCCCUCCCGGCGCCGCUGCUGCGGGCGCUGCGGCUCAAGACGAAGCAGCAGGAGCUGCUCCUCCGGGUCUCCGCGCUGGCGCUCAUCUACGUGCUCGCCUUCGCCGUGCGCCUCUUCUCCGUGCUCCGCUACGAGUCCAUGAUCCACGAGUUCGACCCCUACUUCAACUACCGCACCACGCUCUACCUCACGGAGCACGGCUACUCCGAGUUCUGGAACUGGUUCGACCACGAGAGCUGGUACCCGCUCGGCCGCGUCGUCGGGGGCACGCUCUUCCCGGGCCUCAUGGUCACCGCCGCGCUGCUCCACCGCCUCCUCCGCGCGCUCUCCCUCGCCGUCCACAUCCGGGAGGUCUGCGUCCUCACCGCCCCCUUCUUCGCCGCCAACACCACGCUCGUCGCCUACGCCUUCGGCCGCGAGAUCUGGGACUCCGGGGCCGGCCUCGUCGCCGCCGCGCUCAUCGCCGUCUGCCCCGGAUACAUCUCCCGCUCCGUCGCGGGCUCAUACGACAACGAGGGUGUCGCCAUCUUCGCGCUGCUGCUCACCUUCUACCUCUUCGUGCGCGCAGUCAACACCGGGUCCCUCGCCUGGUCGCUCGCCGCCGCGUUCGGCUACUUCUACAUGGUCUCCGCCUGGGGAGGUUACGUCUUCAUCAUCAACCUCCUCCCGCUCUACGUGCUCGUCCUGCUCGUCACCGGGAGGUACUCGCAGAGGCUCUAUGUCGCCUACAACUGCACCUAUGUGCUGGGAAUGCUGCUCGGGAUGCAGAUCCGCUUCGUCGGCUUCCAGCAUGUUCAGUCUGGGGAACACAUGGCCGCCAUGGGAGUCUUCUUCCUGUUGCAGGUUUUCUUCUUCCUGGAUUGGGUGAAAUACAUGCUGAAUGAUGUUAAACUAUUCAAGUCAUUCUUGAGAAUUACCCUGACCUGUGUGAUAAGUGUCGGCACCCUGGCUCUUGGGAUUGGUACUGCGUCAGGUUACAUCUCCCCUUGGACAGGGCGGUUUUAUUCCCUGCUUGAUCCGACCUAUGCGAAAGACCAUAUACCAAUCAUCGCAUCUGUUUCUGAGCAUCAGCCAACAGCCUGGUCUUCUUUUAUGUUUGAUUUCCACAUCCUUCUUUUCCUGUUCCCAGCGGGCCUCUAUUUCUGCUUCAAGCGUCUGUCAGAUGCCACAAUAUUUAUAGUUAUGUAUGGCCUCACAAGUAUGUACUUUGCUGGUGUGAUGGUGAGGUUGAUUCUUGUUGCAGCACCUGCUGUUUGCCUUAUUAGUGCCAUUGCUGUAUCUGCUACAAUAAAGAAUCUGACGACAUUGAUCCGGUCAAAAAGCAAAAGUCCACAGACUACAGGAAAAACAACAGGCUCGAAGGCAGCUGCAAAGGGAGCAGUUGAUCAACCCUUGCCUUUCCAACAUAAUGUGGCUGUUGCUUUACUUCUGGGCGCUUUCUACUUGCUCAGUAGAUAUGCCAUACACUGCACUUGGGUAACCUCUGAGGCUUACUCUUCUCCUUCCAUCGUUCUGUCCGCAAGGGGUCACAAUGGAGGAAGGGUUAUAUUCGAUGAUUAUCGUGAGGCAUACUACUGGCUUCGUCAGAACACUCCUACUGAUGCCAAGAUUAUGUCAUGGUGGGACUAUGGGUACCAAAUUACAGCCAUGGGUAACAGAACUGUUAUUGUUGAUAAUAACACGUGGAAUAAUACACACAUAGCAACUGUUGGACGUGCAAUGUCAUCAUAUGAAGACGAGGCAUAUGAAAUAAUGCAGUCAUUGGAUGUGAAUUAUGUGCUUGUCGUAUUUGGAGGUGUUACAGGGUACUCCUCUGACGACAUCAAUAAGUUCUUAUGGAUGGUGCGUAUUGGUGGAGGAGUUUUUCCUGUAAUCAAAGAGCCUGAUUACCUUGUGAAUGGGGAAUAUCGUGUUGACAAGGGGGCGUCACCAAAAAUGUUGAACUGUCUAAUGUACAAGCUCUGUUAUUAUCGAUUUGGAGAACUGACCACGGAAUAUGGAAAACCUCCAGGAUACGAUCGAGUGCGAGGAGUGGAGAUAGGCAACAAAGACAUAAAGCUUGAGUACUUGGAGGAGGCAUUCACAACAUCAAACUGGAUAGUGCGCAUAUACAAGGUCAAACCUCCAAAAAAUAGAUCCUAAGGUUUCGUCCCAGGAGGGAAGUGGCAAGCGAGAUGGUUUCGGGUGAUUGCUUUGACAUUUAUCUCAUCAGGAGGGUGCCUAGACAUGAACUUUUUUGUUUUCGUAAGACUAACAGUAACCCGUACUGUUGUUUGAAAGCUGAGGACAUGUAGUUGUGAUAGCUGGUCACUCAUUUUUGUUUGAGCAUACUGUGAUGGAAUUCUCGGAAACUUUUUGGUAGCAAGUAAUUUUAGAUCAAUAUGCCAGUUGAAA